UCAUUGAAUACAAUAAUCACUCAAAUUGUUUGUGAUUUUUUGAAAUACAAACUAAAUAUUAAUACCAAAUGAAAAUAAAAUCAAAACAAACAAUGUUUUCAUAAAAACAAAAAAUAAUUUAUUAAUUGUGAAAUCAAUUGAUGAGACAAUUGUAUGGACACAUACACGACAUGGAAUGGACGCAGACCACUGACCACUGACCACUGACCACUGACCACUUUACCGAUGAUUAUUUUAGUGGUUAAAUAAUUUUGAUACGAAAUGGUCAUCGACGGCCAAUUUUAUUAUUAUCUAACGUUGAAUUGUUUGGCCAACAAUUAAUCGGACGCCGCAAUGGUUCCGUUGGCCAGAAAUCGGGUUCGACUGACCCGAUGUGUACAUCCGAUGGCCGCUAUUAUCAUCUUUUUGUUACUAUUUUUAUGUCUUUUAUCCCAUUAUUAUAUCAAUUCGGUUCAAUCGAUGCAAGGAUUGGAUUCGUUAGUCAAACACUUAAACUCAAUCAAUGGUAACUCAAGAAUUGAUAGCAACAACAACUUUGAUGAUCUUCUAAAUGGCCAUAAAAAUAGUGCCGAAGAAGACAACGACAUUACAUCAGAAGACAAAAUCUUAUUACAUCUUAAAGCCACAGAUAUGGAGCACAGAGUCCGAGAUCUGCUUAAAAUUCGGGCUUCAGUUCGCAAUGAGUUACGCGAACUGGAGUCCCGUCGGCGGACAGUAAUGCAAGAGCUAUCAGAGGCGCAAAACAAGUUAGAGGUCAUGCAAUCACAACUCAUUAAGAAACAACAAGAGAUGGAUCGGAUUAACCUAUCGCUGAAACAGACAAAAUAUGCUCAGAAAGAGGUCCAGUUGAGGUCAAACUCACUAUUAGUACCACCACUGCAACUGUUGCCGUCGGCUCCUCAAACUAAUGAUAUCCAAAUCAACAAUGACUUAACCAUUGGAAGGAAUGGUCAGACAAAUGGACGAUCAUAUCAUUGGUGUCGAAUGCAUAACUGUUUCGACUAUUCCCGGUGUUCACUGUUUUCGCCAUUUUUACUCUAUUUCUAUCAUCCCGAAGAUGUCGAAGAUAUCGAUGAUGUCAAGAAUAUAGACGCCAAAGACGAACACAAACUUGACGAUGAAUUUCAUAAAAUUCGGACACAAAUUUUAGACAUUUUUAAUGGCAAUAUUCACGUGACCUUUGACCCAACUAUAGCAUGUGUUUAUGUGGUAAUUCUGUUCAAGAAUAGUGACCACCAAUUGUUAACAAAAGACUAUUAUAAUCAAUACUUACAUUCACUACCUUAUUGGGCCGGUGACGGUCGCAAUCAUAUCAUAAUCAAUACAUUUACUGAUUUGGAUCUUCAAUCUACUGAUGGCAUUGAUUUGCAAAAAGCAAGUUUAGUGCAAACAAAUUUUAAUUUACACACUUUUCGACCUAAUUUUGAUAUAAUAUUACCGCAAAUAAAUAAAAAGACGCCAUUAAAGUAUGAACGAACUGAAGACAACACUGUCUCUAUGGUUCCCUCGCGACGCAAAUAUUUAGUUACAUAUUUAGGAUCAAUAGAUAGCAAUAAUUAUAUACACAAACAAAUUAUGACAACAUUAUUAAAAGUGUCAUCACAUCUAUCAACUAAUAAUGAAUUUUUGUUAGACUUUGUUUGCGAUGAAAAAACAAAACGUUUGUGUGAUAAUCAAACACUUGUGUUAAGACAAUCAACAUUUGCAUUAAUAUUACCACCAAUUGAUAACCAUAUGAUAUUUACUACUAAUAUGUCAAUAAGUUUGGUAAAUAUUUUGUCUUCAGGCUCAAUUCCUGUUAUUAUUGGUGGCGAUUAUCUUAGAUUACCAUUUGAUGAAGUAAUAGAUUGGCGUUUAGCUACCAUUUCGAUACCGAUCGCCCGAAUUACCGAAUUACACUUUUUGUUGCGCACCUAUAGUGACGCUGAUAUCAUAGAAAUGAGACGUUUUGGACAACUAUUUCUCGAUAGACAUCUGAUUUCUGUUAACGGAAUCAUUAGUACAAUCUUAUCACUUGUUAGACAAUCACGACUUCAGAUUCCUUCUCCCGUCGCUCGUGAGGAGCCCUCGCAAACACUUUUCAAUGAGACAAAUCCAAUGAAGUUUUUUGAUGCCACAUCUGGUUUAGUCCUAAUCGAUACUAACCCAGAAAUUGAUGAAAAUUUGGGACCUAUUGAACCAUCAUUUCCAUCACAAGUAUAUCAACGCAAUUAUUCAUUGGUCAUAUCAAAUGGAUACCGAAUUUGGAACGAUCAUCGUUUUGAUCCAUUCCUUACUUUCCCGGCCACACCGUUUGAUCCGUUGCUUUCAUCAGAUGCCAAAUAUAUUGGCAGCUCAUAUGGGUUUCGGCCAAUCGGGGGCGGAACGGGAGGAUCUGGUAAAGAGUUUAGCGAAUCAUUGGGUGGUAAUGUGCCAAAAGAACAGUUCACUAUUGUUAUACUAACAUACGAAAGAGAGGCCGUACUCAUCGAUUCCCUCCAAAGAUUAAAAGGUCUGCCAUAUCUAAAUAAAGUUCUAGUCAUAUGGAACUCUCCUCGUGCGCCAUCCAUUGACCUCCGGUGGCCAGAGUUGGGCGCACCCAUACGUGUUAUCCGAGCCAAACGCAAUUCACUCAACAAUCGUUUCUUGCCUUACGCUGACAUCGAGACAGAGGCAGUCCUAUCGAUGGACGACGACGCACACCUCAGACACGACGAAAUUAUAUUUGGAUUUAGGGUUUGGCGCGAAGCUCGCGAUCGAAUUGUAGGCUUUCCGGGCCGUUAUCACGCUUGGGAUGAUAUGCACACUAAUUUUCUUUAUAAUUCCAACUACUCGUGCGAGUUAUCCAUGGUUUUAACCGGCGCUGCCUUUUUUCAUAAAUAUUACAGCUAUUUAUACACUUAUUCGAUGCCAAAAGCAAUUCGUGAUAAAGUCGAUGAAUAUAUGAAUUGCGAGGACAUUGCUAUGAAUUAUCUGGUCUCACAUAUCACAAGACAACCGCCUAUUAAAGUGACCUCUCGCUGGACAUUCAGGUGUCCCGGUUGUCCAGUAAGUUUAUCGGAGGAUGACUCGCAUUUCAAUGAACGUCAUAAAUGUAUCAACUAUUUCAUACAGAUCUACGGUUAUAUGCCUUUACUUAAUACUCAAUUUAGAGCCGAUUCCGUACUGUUUAAAACACGUAUUCCUCACGAUAAACAAAAAUGUUUUAAAUUUAUUUAA